UAUAUCAGUUUCGUACACAAGAGUCGCACUCGUGAAGUUGUUGAGUUUUUGUUGUGUUAAUUCUGCUGAUGAGUCAACCCUCAUUUGUGAAAUAUAUCCCGUGGUCAAUUGUAGCUACAGUAAUAUUAUAGUUCUCAUAUUACACUGGAUAAACCAACGCACACAUCUCUUGCUUAAAUGACUAGAUUAAUGGCGAGCAUAUACUUCAACGUGCAGGUGCUGUACACUUUGAUACAAUUUGUAGAAAGAGCUGCCACUGUUCCUUUAUGCUCAACUCAACAAUACGCGCACAAUGGUAGCUGCUGUGACCUGUGUGGCCCAGGAUCCUAUGUUGUAAAGCAUUGUAAUAAAACAUCAUCAACAGUCUGUAGUCUUUGUGAGGAUGGCACGUUUUCCCCUCAAAAAUCAUCGCUAACAUCUUGCAUAGAAUGCAAAAAAUGUGCCCCGACAAUGGUACAAACGGGGCGUUGUAAUAGUACUGCGGAUACCAAAUGCGAAUGUACGAAAGACCACUACAUUGAUUUUUCCACUGGUUCAUGUAGGGCAUGUAAGGUUUGCCCUCAAGGAUCUUAUGCAAUCACUCCAUGUACACCGAAGACCAUAUGUGCAACUUGUAAAUCGAAUCACUUUUUAAGUAAUGGUCAAUGUACAAAAUGCUCAGUCUGCAAAGUGUAUAAAUUGGCAUGUGAAUCAUCUCAUGAUGCCGUUUGUGGAAACACUUUGGCUUUUGAAGAGUUUGAAACUAAAACAUGGACUGAACAGAUCCCUGUAAAAAAAGGUUUAGGCGAUGCGAAAGAUGACAGCUCAAGUGUUCAAAGUCAUGUCAAAUAUAUAAUCAUCACGGGUAUUAUUGUUAUUGUAUCAAUACCAUUUCUUUUAUUUCUUCUCUGGUGGAGGAGGAAGAAAGUGUCAUGCCAUGAUAAAUAUUCAUUCAAAACAAUUGAACGGCAAUGCUCAAUCAAUGAUGUUACGUUUAAUUUUGGAGAUAUGCUGUUCCGUGACGUUUCGGGGGAGGUUAUCUUGAAGCUUGAAUCUCUCCUCAACCCAGGCUCGAUAAACAACUGGAAGAGGCUUGGGGUCGAACUGCAACUAUCUCAGACCUUACUUAAAAAUUUUAAUUCGACUUCAGAAAUGCUGAGUCACUGGCAGACCUCAAAUGAUGCAACAACGCAAAAGUUGUAUGCAGCCCUUAAACAUAUAGGCCGCGACGAUGCAUGCAAAUAUCUGGAGGAAAAUGCUACAAGUUCAUGUCGUGAGACAAAUGUUCAAAUUUGAGAUCAUUUUUCUGGAUACGGUUGCACGAAGGCCACAUGGCGUCAUCCAAUUUUUAACGCUUCAAAAAUGUCUUAAAAUUGAAAAAUCAACGAUUUGAGCUGGACUAUCAAUGUAAUAAUAUAUUGGUACAAGAAUUGAAAUGUUUUAUUAUCGUAUGGAAACUAUAACUAACUUUUUUCACAAGUUUGAAAAAUUUUCUAUGCAAUUGAUAACGCUAUCCAAGCUUCGUGCAACCGGCCAUUGUUCUGUAUAUGCCCGUAUGUGGACCGUUUGAACUUAAACCUUACUAAAACCCAUGGUUUUAAAAUAUCGUAGAACAUGUACUGUUUGCUAAGCACUACAAGUCAUUCCUGCACUAAUUCUCAAUUUAGGCCAAAUUAGUUGUUUUAAUUCUACUGUUACUGUAGUUGUAAUUAGGGAUCGUUCAAUAUAAAUACGUAUAUCGUCGUCCCUUACUAAUAUUUCCUUAUCUGUCAAACAGAGGUAUAAUACUACUGUGUAGCGUAUUCCAUAUAAAAAAUUAAUCCCUACUUUUCAGCAUCAUUUUUUGAAUAAACCUAUUAGGAGAGAAGUUUUAA